UCAUACCGAUUUCAAAAAAAGAAUAAAAGCAGGGUUAUAUUAUAUCCAAAUGUUACAACAUUAUGCGUUUAUGAUGUCGGAAAAUAAGGUGUAUGAUACUGACAAGGAAAAAUUGGAGUGUCUUCUGCGUUCAAUUGUUGAAAAUUCCAUGACGUAUUAUUUUGUAUGGGAUGAGAUAAAUAGAAUUUCUGCAGAAAGAUCAUGGUAAAAAAUUUAAUAAAUUAAAUUGAUAUUAUAAAUUAAUAUAAUUAAUUAUAAUUAUAUAAUUAAUAUGCAAAGUUUUUCAGCAAACUGUUUUCCAAUUUGACACGUGAAUAUAACUUUAAACUGAUUUUUUAUUAUUUGAAACAAUAUCGAUAUAUAUAUAAGCAAAUAAAAUUUAAGAAUAUGCCGAAGACAAAAUCGCUUUUGGAGAAACAACUUACGAUCAUGGCACAAUAUUUUCAGCCACAUGUGUCUUCGGCUGUAAAAACGUGGUUAGAUAGUAUAACGGAGACAGUAUUAUCUCGUCUGAAAAAUAAAUAUCCCGCUCAUUCAAUUUGCUCUACGACUUUAGAGCAAUUUUCUUUUUGGAGAGAUAACAAUAUUUAUGACAAUUUCUGGAAUGAAACAGAAUCAAGGCAAAUUAUGUGUAUUCUCGAAGAAUAUAUAUUUUCGGGGUUAGAGAUCCAUAAAUUAUAUCAAUUAAUGAUGUCAGAUCUCCUAGCCAAAGAUUUAGAAUCUAUUAUAGAUCUAUUGACUGUCACGUAUCACAUCGUAGCUAGAAGACUCGGCAUACAUAGCGUUCUGACAACGAGAUUAAAUGUAUGGAAAUCUGCAAUCAUAUGGAAACCAAACUAGUAAAUAUAAUUUUAGUUUAUUGCUAAUACUUUUUCAACACAUAUAUAAUAUAUAUUUAUAUAUAUGUAUACAUUUCAUAAGAACAUUUCUACGAUUUUUUUGGUUACUUGUUUGUUUUAAAUUGAUGAAACAAAGGAUCGUAGCAUAAAUAUAUUUCCUCCUCGAAUAUUUAACAAAACGUUAGCGCAUACAUACGUAUACAUACGCAUGCGUUAUACAUACAU